AUGAAGGAUGAUUGGGAAAGUCUCUGUAAAGAGAACAUGACAUCUAUAUCGAAAGAUGAUUACAGCAUACAACCAGGACUUACUGUUACAUUUGGAGGCGAAGACAUUGCACAGAUUUCUCUAACAAGCACACAGAUAAUAGAGUGGAAGGAGUAUCAGAUGGACGCUCCUGAUGGAAUAAGCAAAGUACUAGUCGGGUCUGGCACUGAAGAAUAUGAAGCAAAAAUAGAAAAUGGAAAAGCCACAUGGAUUAGCCAAGACAAGAUGGUAGCGGGAGAAACCUUGUUAAUAAGAGUGUUCCGUACACCUACUGGACCUGCUACGUUGAGCCUAGAGACUAUGGUUGUCAAAGGCUGUCAAACAGAGGAGGAAGGAACGACCACAGGUAAUACAUAUUGCCACCACUCUUUCCGUCUUUCUCGCUAUCGCUGUCGCACACUUACUAGCUAUUUGUCUCUGCCUAAAAAGGUGGCGGAAACUGUUACUGAAACACCAUCAACGACCACUCUAACAACAAGACCAACAACAUCCCCGACAACGGCACCAUGUGCAGAUGAUAUGAAUCCUAUUGCUAUGGAAGACUUAAAAUCAGCACUGCCGAAAAACCUUGAUUUUGGAGGGACAACGGAAACAAUUGUAAUUGCAGAACUAACAAAUGUUGAAGCAAUUGUCUUGUUUGAGCUUUCACUAUCAUUUAACGUAAACGUUACAGUGACGAUAUAUGAUGGAACCACUUAUAAACCUCUUGAUGGACAAGGUACCACAAAAGCAGAUUUUAGUGACAGCACAGGUUUGAACUUGGAUAAAAUACAAUUGAAAAUAACCAUAAAGGAGGCUUCCCAACAGGUCACGAUGACUGUCAACAAAGUCACUGCAUGUGCUAAAGGUAACUACAAGAAUAUCAUGAUUUUAAAAGCUUAAGUCAAAUUUAUCAACUUGACAAGCUACUUAGACUUAAGUUUGGUUUAUUUUUAAGUUAACUUUUAACCCACCUGCCGACCAGACUUAAGUCUCAUCUUUCCGACUUAAGUCACAAAAACGAAGUGGAAGCCAGACGUUUGGUGUUCUCUACAACGAAGAAUACAAGUGUGUUUG